AUGGAGACUCAUGGAGCACACCUAAUGACGGUGAAAACACCGCUGAAAUAUCAAAUUCUCCUGAACAUUAUGAAUGUCACCAAGUACCAACGGGUCGGGUUAGACGAUAUCCAGGAGGAAGGAACAUUUAAAUGGGAUGACGACGGUUCAGUGAUGGAUGUCAACUGGACAAAACAGAUUUUCCAAAUAGCUUACGAUCAGACAAACUUGACCAUGAUGUCCAUCAAUGUAGAAUAUGACCAAGUCAGUCUACUGUCCUGCGCCUCAUUUUGUUCACGUUCCAAGAAACCCUGCUACAACUACAUUUAUAACAAGACAACAAAACACUGCAGCCUAGGCUCCUGGAUUUUCCCCUUGAAACCUUUGGCCCAAAAAUCUCAGAAGAAAAUUUACUCCAGCGGGAAGUUCUGUAACUCAACAAGAAGCAUCGCGGUCCUGCCUGAUGGUUCCAUAUCAGAUACAGAUAUAGUGUACUGUCUAGGCAAUUCAGACUUGAGCUUAGGACCAUCAAGCAACAACCCCCGACCUGUGGUGACCUUAAGCUCUGGACUUCAGGUCAUGUGUGACACUGAGACAGACGGUGGGGGGUGGAUCAUCUUCCAAAGACGUGUCUCAGGGACUGUAGAUUUUUUUCGCAACUGGGCAGAUUACAAGAAAGGAUUUGGUGAUUUCACUUCGGGUAAUUUUUACCUGGGCAACGAAAACAUUCACGUCUUAACGUCCAAAGCCACAACAGAAAUGCGAAUUGAUAUGAAAUUCAGCGGAAAUAAUUAUGCCGUAACGUAUUCAAGCUUCAGUCUCUCAGACGAGACUGACGGCUACAGGUUACAUGUUAAUGGCUUUGCAGGUAAUGCCCUGGACGGUCUAGUCGUACACAACACCAUGCAGUUUACAACAUUUGAUGUGGAUAACGACAUGAACUCAAAUAAUUGCGCAGAUGUCUGCAACGGUGCAUGGUGGUUUUUUAAUUGUUGCAGUUCCGACCUUAACGGCGAUUGGGGAACCAAAAGCUUCUUCUGGAAAAACUUGAGCACAGCAUCAUUCAGUGAAAUGAAAUUUAGAUACGUUUAA